AAAAUUGAAAAGAAAGUGAACUGUGAAGCCCAAGAGGUGAAGCCUCCUGCUUGCUGGCUGCCCAUACUUGUAAUAAGCAGCCUGUACUGUAUUAUGUUAUAGGAUUUGCUAAGUUUUAUGGUGCUUUUGCUUUUGCUUUGUACUUUUCAAUAAAAUAAGCUUAGUUUUAAUAUAAAGCUAAUUGAAAGCUCUGUGAUUGUCAAAACUGCGAUAUAAAUACGUGGUUGUGGUGUAUUCAGUAUUUUCUAAUAGACCGAGGAUCAAAUAGAUCAAAAAUUAUACAAAAAUUCAUAAUAAUAAAUUAAUACUUGUAUCACCCAUAAUUAUUGCAUUCAAUGCAAACUUUACUUUUACUGCUCUUUUAAAAUAUAUGGUGCAUAAACUGCCUAUAAGUAAACGACUACUUAUAUUUCUAAGGGUUUUAAUAAAUAGAUCUAUGGCGAAGACUAAUGAUAUUGGUUGUACUAUAAGUCAUGAAAAUGAAGGAUAUACAGAUGAAAAGUUGAUAAGCCCUGCUGCAUCAAGGAAUAAAGAUCCAAUAUUACAAGUUUUAAAAAGAUUCAUAAUCAGCGAUACAGACCAAAUUGAAGAUGAAAGCCCUUUAUUUUUGGAAAUAUCCUCUGGAACAGGUCAACAUGUGGCACAUUUUGCACCUCAUUUUCCUGGAGUAAGAUUUCAGCCAUCAGAGAUUGACAAAAGUUUAUUCAAGAGUAUAUCUUAUUAUGCUUCAAGUUGUCCUACAAUGAAUAUCCUCCAACCAAUUUGCAUAGACAUUCAGAACAAGUUAUCACAUUAUGGAUUUGAAGAAGGCUCUGUUGACUAUAUGUUUAAUGCGAAUAUGAUCCAUAUUAGCCCUUUUGCGUGUACAAUUGGUUUAUUUGAAAAUGCAGGGAUUUAUUUAAAGCCUGAAGCACUUAUGAUUACUUAUGGCCCUUACAGUAAGGAUGGUGUGAUAUCACCACAGAGCAAUAUUUCAUUUCAUGCUUCAUUAAAAGCAAGAAAUCCUUUAUGGGGUAUUCGAGAUAUCAAUGAUUUAAUAAAAUUAGGCGAUGAAAACAAUUUGUCUUUAAUAGACACUGUAGAAAUGCCGGCUAACAACAUGACUUUGAUAUGGAAAAAAGACUAAGUAAAACAUUUAGUGGAAUUAGUAUUACUUUUACACACCCAUUGUUUACAUUUUUUAGUAUUAUACCUAGUUACUGUAUUAUGAAGAGCUUUGUAAAAUAUAUACUUAGGUCACUUGGGUACCUAAUAUUUAGCAGUAUAUUUUAGUUUUAAGAACAUAUAUACCUAUACCUAUCAAAAUUAAUUGUUGCAGCGUAACUUCUAAUACCUACAGUAUUUUUAAAUUUUGUUAACUGCCAAAUUUUUACAAGAUAAUGAUUUAUUUUAUCUUGCUAAAAGCUUUAGUAUGUACAGGUACUUAUCACUAAGUAUUUUUUUAUUUUGUACCAUUUAGCACAAUAAAAGCAGUAUUGAAGUUUUUAUUAAGUACCAACC